UGGCAGGCAGUACAAGGAUAAACAACAUUGUCUUAAAUAAACCAAAUUCCUCGUGCCCAUCGCCAUUCCUGUCGUUGUUCAAAUGCUAGAAGCAACUACUACAGACACAACAUAAUAAGCCAAAAAAGGCAUGGAUGCUAUUUAUACGAGCUUGAGAAUUGAGAGUGAGUUCAGAUAGAAGGCUAGACAAGCAGGAGCAAAGAGUGAAGAAUAUAGGAAAAAGAUGGAGCAAAUUAUCAAGGAAGAGAAGCUGAACAUGGCAAUGAGAAUGGUAAAGAGUGAAGAGAACCUGGGACGGCGUGAAGCUAGAUGUGUCAAACGUAGACGAAGAGAAGUAGUUGCUGAUAUUCUCAAUUGCAAUGGUGAGCAGAAGGAAGCUGAUGGAACAUCAGCAGCAACAACUGUGAAGAGAAGUUCGAGGUUUCGUGGCGUGAGCAAGCAUAGAUGGACAGGCAGGUAUGAAGCACACCUGUGGGACAAACUCUCCUGGAAUGUUACUCAGAAGAAAAAGGGGAAACAAGUUUAUCUUGGGGCUUAUGACGAUGAAGAAGCCGCAGCAAGAGCCUACGACUUAGCAGCACUUAAGUAUUGGGGAACAUCUACUUUCACCAAUUUUCCUAUCUCUGAUUAUGAAGCGGAGAUUGAAAUUAUGCAGGCCGUUACAAAGGAAGAGUAUCUAGCUUCACUCAGAAGAAAAAGUAGCGGCUUUUCAAGAGGGGUUUCGAAGUAUAGAGGAGUUGCAAGACACCAUCACAAUGGAAGAUGGGAAGCGAGGAUAGGAAGGGUUUUCGGAAACAAGUACCUCUACCUUGGCACUUACAGUACACAAGAAGAAGCCGCUCGUGCUUAUGAUAUUGCAGCAAUAGAGUACAGAGGGAUCAAUGCUAUCACCAACUUUGACUUGAGCACCUACAUCAGAUGGUUAAAACCCGGAGCAAACAUUUCAGUGCCUGCUCAAGAAUCAAAACUGCCAUUUUCAUCCCCUUUCCUAACAGGAGAAGAAGCCCUUUCUACCGGUUUAAAAAGAAAAGCUUUUAGUGCGGAAGACCUGCAAGAGACAUUUGUCAGCAACCUUCCUAUCAGUCCAUGUAGCAGAUCUUCUCCAACAGCCCUCGGCCUGCUCCUCCGGUCCUCUGUGUUCAGGGAACUCGUUGAGAAGAAUUCAAAUGUCUCGGAAGAAGAAACUGAUGGUGAAAACAACAGAAACCUGACACGGGUUGGCAGUGACGAUGAGUAUGGAGGGAUCUUUUGUGAUGGAAGUGAAGAUAUCCCGUUUGCAGUUUCUACGAAUGGGCACAGCAUUGAGUUGCAAGAACAACUCCACUUCGACUACAAUCCAGACACCAUGGGGAGAGACAACAUAGGCAUGGCCACUACUUACUAGUCAUUAGAUGCCAUCAUUUUGAGGUCUGUGUAUGUAUAAAUGUGAAGAGAAUAUAUUUAGUCUCAGGAACACUUUAGUAAUCUUAUUUAGAAUUCCAGUUGGGGGAGAAAUGUGGUUCAUUUUUCCGAUAUUAGGGAACUGGUGAAUGUAAAACAACCAAAACUAAUAUCACUAUCCAUUACAUGAAGAUUGUUAGAGCUCCCUUUACAUAUAAAUUCCACAAAGUCUUCAUUAUUUUGAAAUCCAAUAGCAUCAAGAGAACAUCUGAAAAUUACAGACCAAAUAAUAAUCAGAAGCAGCCUGGCAAAUUAAUCAGUACAAGGUAACACAUUAUAUCCUGAUAAUUCCCCCCCAUGAACCAGAACCACAGAACCAUCAACUUGUUGGCCAACUGAGCAAAUUCAAAAUCCAUACGAACGUAAGAUGGACUUGAUGCAUGUUAGAGUGUAUACCAAAAUCUCAGAGCAAAAUACACAAUUUAAGAUUUAUCAAGCAUCAUUAUUUCAGGCUACGAAGGUGACAGAUGUACUUCAGAAGAGGAUUUGAAGCAAAUCAAUGUUAAGUCAAACUGCAAUUCUUUUGCUUGGAAAACUGAAUUAUACAUUCUGAGCAAGUGUACCAACUCUCCUUUUGAAAUACAGAUGUAUGAAUCCAAACACACAUAGCCUGACACUAUCAAAACUUUAAAACUGUUUUCUCUUGCUUCGAAAUAAUUUCUCUCUUUUUGCGUACACAUAAAGCAAAGCAAAGAAAGCUC